AUGGCGAUGAUGAUGACUGGCCGUGUGCUGCUGGUGUGCGCCCUCUGCGUGCUGUGGUGCGGUGCCGGUGGUGGAUGUUCUGAAGCAGCUCCAGAAUCUCCGGCUACUGGUGUUUCCGGUAAAGACAAUAAUCUUGAAGGUAGAAACAACACAACUGAUGGCGUUGGAGGAGGUGGCCAAACCGGUCAACAGGAAGCAUCACAAACAGCAGCAGCAUCAUUGGUGCCCGUAUCGGGAACGGCACCGAACCCAUUACCGGCACAACAAUCCGCAGCAAAGGCAUCGGAAGUGGCAAAUGUAACGACGGAAAAAAACAAGGACACAACGAAAAAAGAAGGUGAAGCUGAUAAGCAUGAGAAAUUGAAGGAUGAGGAAGAGGAAGUGGAUGAUGGCAAGGAGGAGGAUGGAGGAGAGGAGAAGAAAAAGCAAGAAGAAAAAGAUGAUACCGGCACCACAAAGACGAAGUCAGCAGGCGGUCAGGAAGAGCCAAUCUCACCUUCUCGUGUGGAGGAAGCAUCGAAUAAAACAAAACCCCAAAGCACUCAAAAAACUGGCGACAAAGAUCCAGCAGCUGAUGGUGCAGGGACGCAAGAAGAAAAACAAAAAGAAAAUAAAGAAGCCAAUCCGAAAGAAACACCAGCCGAAGCCACAGCCAUGAAAACUACGACGGCGACGACUGGAGACAGUGACGGCAGCACCGCGGUCUCCCACACCACCUCCCCUCUAUUGCUUCUUCUUGUUUUUGCUUGUGCGGCUGCUGCUGCGGUGGUGGCCGCGUGA